UCGCCGCAGCGCUCUUCCCCCUGGUGCAAGGCGGGUGGCCAGGGGCAGCCAGGCGCCAAGGCUCCGGCUCCCUCCGCGGGUGGGGAGCCGGGCUGGGGGGGGGGGCUCGGUGCGCCGCCGCGCGAGCGUCUGGAAACUCCCCCGCCGCCAAGCGCGUCAGGGGCUGGCUUCUCCCAACCAGGCUGCCCCGUGGGCUGCUCCGGGCUCCCUUCAAACAAACAAACAUUUGCCCCAGAGCGAGCGCGGGAGGAGGCAGCCGGCCGCGGGGGCGGGGGCGGGGGCUCGGCGCUUCCCGGCCCGGGAGAGGAAGAGGAGGACGAAGAGGAGGGAAAGCAGCUGCAAUCCUCUCGGCUCCCCUUCCCCUGCCUCGGCGCGGCUCUGCUGAUGCUCGGCUGGUGGGAAGGGCCGGCUGAAGAUCCUUAACUUCCAGUAAUGAUAUCAUGAAGUUUGAUGAAUAUUAGGAGAGGAAAAAGAGAUUUUUAAGAGUAAUGGAAGAGCUUUGCAGCUUUUAUGGUGACCAUCAUGCUGAGUGUCUCUGGCUAGCAUCCAUGCAGGCUGGCUUAGUGCUGUGAUUCACAGGCUCUCCCAUGUGUGAAGACACUGGAUCCUCACUUAUGAAAACCCUUCUACAGCUUCAGAAGGGGAGCACGUUGAUGAGGUAAGGAGACGACAUGGUCUUCUUCCGUCGAUGUAGAAAGAUAGCACAGAUUGUCUGAAAAAGCUGUACUGCACAGUGCAAGCAUGGCUUUCGCCCAGUCGCACAUUAUGGCCGCUAGAAGGCAUCAACACAGUAGACUCAUAAUUGAAGUGGAUGAGUACAGCUCAAACCCCACACAGGCGUUCACGUUCUACAACAUUAACCAGGGACGUUUUCAGCCCCCACAUGUGCAAAUGGUGGAUCCUGUGCCCCAUGAUGCCCCCAAACCUCCAGGAUAUACCCGAUUUGUCUGUAUUUCUGACACUCACUCAAGAACUGAUCCAAUCCAAAUGCCCUAUGGAGAUGUUUUAAUACAUGCUGGUGACUUCACUGAACUGGGACUUCCUAGCGAAGUUAAAAAAUUCAAUGAAUGGUUAGGUAGCCUGCCAUAUGAAUACAAGAUUGUGAUAGCAGGAAAUCAUGAAUUGACCUUUGACCAAGAGUUCAUGGCAGACUUAAUCAAGCAGGACUUUUACUAUUUUCCCUCUGUGUCUAAGCUGAAACCAGAGAGCUAUGAAAAUGUGCAGUCUCUUCUAACAAAUUGCAUCUAUCUUCAAGACUCUGAAGUGACGGUGAGGGGGUUCAGAAUAUAUGGCUCUCCUUGGCAACCUUGGUUUUAUGGCUGGGGCUUUAAUCUUCCACGAGGCCAAGCACUAUUAGAGAAAUGGAACCUUAUUCCAGAUGGAAUAGAUAUUCUUAUAACACAUGGACCACCUCUUGGUUUUCUAGACUGGGUUCCUAAGAAAAUGCAGAGGGUAGGGUGUGUUGAGCUGUUGAACACAGUCCAGAGACGAAUACAGCCAAGGCUUCACGUUUUCGGACAUAUCCAUGAAGGCUAUGGGGUAAUGGCUGAUGGAACUACUACCUAUGUGAAUGCAUCAGUGUGCACAGUGAAUUACCAGCCUCUCAAUCCACCUAUAGUUAUUGACUUACCUACUCCAAGGAACACAUGAUUGUUAUAGGAAUUUAAUGAUGUACCCAUCACACAAGCAGUUUUCUAUUGCUGACUAAGAAACAUGAUAAAGAACUUUUCAAUGAAGAAGCGAAGACCCUUUAUUUUUUUUCUUUUAAUUCUUCACAACCAAAUUUGAGUGAUGAAAAUGAAUGGGAAGCAAAGACAUUUUAGUGCAAAUAUCUGCCAGAAGCUGAUUAAGCAUCAAAUUUAAAAUCUCAGCAUUAAAAUACUUGUGAAUACACAAAAGUGAAUGCAUUUCACAUAUAUAUCGAGUAGGGAGUUGGGAUUUUUUUUUAUCAACCAUAUAUUGAACUUAUUAAAAGUAUAAAGUUUUUUCAAAGGCGUGUUUCUUAAAGAAUGUUUACAGUUUAAACGUGAAUGUUUAGACUAGGAUCUAACCAUUUAAAACAUUUUCCAAUGACUAUUUGGUAAAAAUCAAAUGAUGUUGAUAUUUUUGCUGAAUAAUAUGGCAAAUAUGAAAAGAGUCUACACAAGUACUGCGUUGAACCAGUUAAAAAAAGCCAGUUGUUGUUGCAAAUCCUUCUGAAGUCUGUGCCCUUGCAUGCUUUCAAAGCCAAGGUGGAAGAAGGUCCUAAUCACUGUUCUGUAAUGCAGUCGCAACACAUCUGGCAUUACAGAUGGAAGGGGAAAUGGUGCGUACUGCCAGUGUGUGGUAAACAGCUGAAUGUUCUAGAAAGGAGAUGAUGUUAAAUGCAGUACAAACUCAGGCAUUUGUAAGCUCUGAAAAAUGUCAUUUCCCAUUUUUUUUUAAAAAGUUCCAUGUGGUUUAACAUGAGAGCUGAUCUGUGAUUGGAUUUAAAAUAAAAUAGGAAACCUGUGAUGUUCAGACGUAGUUUUAAAAGGUAGCCUAGCGGGACUGUUCGGUUUAAAGAACUGGGUAAAGGGAUGGACAGCGGUAUCAUAAGGCCACUGCUUUGAAUCUGGCCCAGGUUGAGAAUGAUUAAAAGUCUGAGCUAAUUUAUCCCUGGGUUAAUGCCCCUGACUUUGAUGGAGUUACCCCAAGGAUGAGUUUUAUAGAAUAUCAGGGUUGGAAGGGACCUCAGGAGGUCAUCCCCAAUCCCCUGCACAAAGCAGGACCAACACCAACUAAAUCAUCCCAGCCAGGGCUUUGUCGAGCCUGACUUUAAAAACCUCUAAAAGAGGAGAUUCCACCACCUCCCUAGGUAACGCAUUCCAGUGCUUCACCACCCUCCUAGUGAAAAAGUUUUUCCUAAUAUCCAACCUAAACCUCCCCCACUGCAACUUGAGACCAUUACUCCUUGGCCCUUUACUUUCUAAUAGUUGUUCAGCAGCAUAGGUGAAAUGAGUGGCAAGCUCACUGCAGUUCGUCCAGCACAGGUGUCCACAU